GCCGGCGCGACGGGCAUGGACAAGCGGCCGAGCUCCCUGAGCCGCGACGGCGCCAAGGCCGCGAGCCACCGCCGCGUGCCCGCGUUCCGCAUCGACCCCACGGCGGUCUCCAACGACCAGUUCAAGCGCUUCGUGCGCGACACGCAGUACCUCACGGAGGCGGAGAACUUCCGCUGGUCCUUCGUCCUCGAGCUCACGGCGUCGAACGCGACGAUUAACCAGUCGGACGCGAAGAACGGCCUGGGCCGCGUCCAGGCGUCGCCCUGGUGGAUGGGCGUCUUCGGCGCGUACUGGCGCAAGCCCGAGGGGCCCGACUCGUCGCUCCGGGGCCGCGGCGACCACCCGGCGACGCACAUCUCCUGGAACGACGCGAGCGCGUACUGCAAGUGGGCGGGCCGGCGGCUGCCGACGGAGGUCGAGUGGGAGAUGGCCGCGCGCGGCGGCCUCGAGGACGAGCCCUUCCCGUGGGGCGACGCGGACCACGACCCGUGGACGCGGCUCAACGCGUGGGAGGGCGAGUUCCCCGACGAGAACUCGGCGCGCGACGGCUUCGUCGGCCCGGGGCCCGUCGACGCCUACGCGCCCAACGCCUUCGGCAUCUACAACGCGCUCGGCAACGUCUGGGAGUGG